UUAAAAUUUCAAGAAAAUCUUCUUUCAUUUCCAAACAUUACAGGAUGAAUAUUCCUCUCUCCAUUUUUAUCGUUUCUGUCUUCUCAAGUGCCCUACUCGUUUACGCGUUGGAACAUUGCGACGACCAACACGGCGGAUAUUGCAUAGAAGAUGGAAGCCGAGGUUGCUGUGUACAUGGCCCGCCUUUAUGUUGUAAAGACGGACAUGGGGAUUGUAUUCCGCGUGUCGGCUUUAAUUAUAACAAUACUAAAUGUGAGAAAUUGGAAUGUCUGGAAGGAGAAGUUUGUAUGCCAUUGGGCGGUGAAAGAAAGGACAAAUGUGUGCCAAAGGAUGUUGAGGUUUGCAAUAAUUAUUUAAUCUUCGAGAAGACAGCAAAAUGUGGAGACAAUGGCUAUCCAAUUGGUUAUGGCUUAAAAUAUUGUAAUAAAUUCUACCAAUAUUACGACUCUUUCAAUGAUUUUGGAAAAAAUUUUGUUAAAUGUGUUGGCCCAUGUCUCGCGGAAAAAAUGAGUGAAAAUAUUGAGAAAUACAAAGGGAAUUGUAACUCCCUUCGUACCUUUGCUUUCGAUUCCCAUACUCCUUGCUACCUAAAAUGUAAUUUUACAAAAUUCAAUGUCUGGUUCAAGAAUGCCGAUGUUUUUGUGAAAGUUAUUGACUUGAAAGACCUUUUCUCUUCUGAGACUUUCAAACAAAUGAAAAACAUAAUUUUGGGGGAAAUUAUGGAUGAAAAAACUUUUGAAGAAUGUGCAUUUUACUACAAUUCUUUGGAGGAGACAAAGAAGGAUUUAAAUUUGGCAGAGCGUUGCUCACACGUUUUGGAGAAAAAAUUCAAUCAAAUAACUGUUUAA